AUGAAAAUGUAUUAUCUUAAAAUGUUAUUGUUUACCUUUUUAAUAAAUACAUUAGUAGCACGACAUUAUGAAAAUUUUGUAAAUAACCAUUAUAAUGUAAGUCUCAUUCAAAACAAGACCAAAAGAGUAACUAUAAAAUCAAGACUUUUAGCACAAACCCAAAUCCACAAUCCGCAUUAUCAUAAUGAUCCAGAACUCAAAGAGAUAAUUGAUAAAAUGAACGAGGAAGCAAUCAAAAAAUACCAACAAACUCAUGAUCCAUAUAAACAAUUGAAAGAAGUAGUAGAAAAGAAUGGAUCACAAAAUAGAAGUGGACAUGUUGCAGAACCUAUGUCGACGCUAGAAAAAGAAUUAUUGGAAACAUAUGUAGAAACAUUUGGUGAAGAAAGUAAUAUUAUGUUAAAAUCAGGUAGGUACCAAAAUGGUGAUGACGUAUCAGAUGAUUCAUCUUCAUGUGACUGUACUGAUAUUAAUAAUGCGAAACUAGAAAAAACAAAAGGAAGAGAUAAGUAUUUAAAACAUUUGAAAGGGAGAUGUACCCGUGGUAUAUAUUUUUGUUCAGCUGGUAGUGCACUCCUAACAUUGAUAGCUCUGAUAGCUGCAAAAAAAGCUGCCCUAAGUGCUGUUGCUUCAUAUGCAGGAUUUAAAAAUUGUAUGUCCUCUAUUGCAACAUUUAAACUACUUGAUAGUUCAACUUUACUUUCAUCUUUUCUAUCAAUGAAAGCAUGUGUUGUUGGUGCUACUGAUAUGGCAGGAACUAUUGCAACACCUGCUAUGGCCGCAUUUUACCCUUAUGGUAUUGCUGCCUUGGUUCUACUUAUAUUAGCUGUUGUACUUAUAAUCUUAUAUAUAUGGUUGUAUAGAAGAAGGAAACAUUCGUGGAAACAUGAAUGCAAGAAACAUUUAUGUAAGUAA